GAGCUGCCCGUCCUCUCUGCUCGCAUGUUGUGAACGCACUUUACUUUAAAGAGGGGUCGUACGCUGUGAGCUCACAGACUUCUUCUCUUUUCCUCCCCAGCUUGGUCUUUCCGCCUGACCUUGUUGUCCUUGUCGUCCUUUUUCUUCUUUGUUUUCUUUUCCUGCAUACUAACCUCUCCACUCCCACAGUGAACCAUGGCGGAAAAGGAUCUCGAGAACGGCGACCCCAAGCGCGAAAGAAUCUCUUUCGCCGACGGCUGGGAUCCCGACAAGGACGAGGGCGAGUAUGCCAACCUGAUUCGUUUCAUCUCUACCUACCGAGACCGCCGUUUCUCAAAAGCCCCUUCGCAAGUCUCUGGCGAUGAUGUCGCGGACGCUAGCCAGCCAAAAAAGAAGGGCUUCUUUGCCAGAAUCUUCGGAGGUUCUGGCGGUGCUGGCGAUCUCUAUGAGGUCCCCGAAGAAUGGUUGAAUACAGACAUCAAGCAAGGCCUCACAACUGCCGAGGUCGAAGAGCGACGGAGAAAGACUGGCUUCAACGAGUUGACCACCGAGAAGGAGAACAUGUUUGUCAAGUUCAUCGGCUAUUUCCGUGGUCCCAUUCUCUACGUGAUGGAACUCGCUGUUCUCCUGGCGGCUGGUUUGCAAGAUUGGAUCGAUUUCGGUGUCAUUAUCGGUAUCUUGAUGCUUAACGCCAUCGUCGGUUGGUACCAAGAAAAGCAGGCUGCCGACGUCGUCGCUAGCUUGAAGGGUGAUAUUGCCAUGAAGGCAGAAGUUGUCCGCGAUGGUCAAGUUCAGGAGAUCAAGGCCCGAGAGCUGGUCCCUGGUGACAUUCUCAUUCUCGAAGAGGGUUCCGUCGUUGCUGGCGAGGCUCGCUUGAUCUGCGAUUUUGACAACCCAGCUGGCUUCGAGGAGUACAAGGAGAUGGUCAACGACCCUGAGGGUUAUCACUCCAAGAAUCACACUGACUCUGAUGAUGAUGAGGAACACCACAUUGGUGUCUCAAUUGUUGCCACCGAUCAAUCUGCCAUCACCGGUGAAUCUCUCGCCGUUGACAAGUACAUGGGUGACAUUUGCUACUACACUACCGGUUGCAAACGUGGCAAGGCCUACUCCGUCGUGACCGAGUCUGCUCGUGGCUCCUUUGUCGGCAAGACCGCUUCUCUCGUCCAAGGUGCGAAUGAUCAGGGCCAUUUCAAGGCUAUCAUGGAUUCUAUCGGAACAGCACUUCUCGUGUUGGUCGUCUUCUUCAUUCUCAUGGCCUGGAUUGGUGGUUUCUUCCGCGGACUCAACAUUGCAACUCCCAUGGACAGCUCCAUCAACUUGUUGCAUUACGCCCUUAUCCUGCUUAUCAUCGGUGUUCCUGUCGGUCUUCCCGUUGUCACCACUACCACUCUUGCAGUCGGAGCUGCCUACCUCGCUCAGCAGAAGGCUAUUGUCCAGAAGCUGACCGCCAUCGAGUCUUUGGCUGGUGUUGAUGUUCUCUGCUCCGACAAGACCGGAACCUUGACUGCCAAUCAGUUGACCAUUCGUGAGCCCUACGUCGCCGAGGGUGAAGAUGUCAACUGGAUGAUGGCCUGCGCUGCCCUUGCCUCAUCCCACAACCUCAAGGCUCUCGACCCUAUCGACAAAAUCACCAUCUUGACUCUCAAGAGAUAUCCCAAGGCUCGUGAAAUCUUGCAGCAAGGUUGGAAGACGGAGAAGUAUACACCUUUUGACCCUGUCUCCAAGCGUAUCACCACCAUCUGUACCCUCAAGGGCGAGCGCUGGUCAUUCUGCAAGGGUGCCCCCAAGGCCGUCCUUGCCAUCGCCGAGUGUGACGAGGCUACCGCCAAACACUACCGUGAUACUGCGGCAGACUUUGCCAGACGUGGUUUCCGAUCUCUUGGUGUUGCCUCAAAGCGCGGUGAUGAGCCCUGGAAAGUCAUUGGCAUGUUGCCCAUGUUCGAUCCUCCCCGUGAUGAUACUGCCCACACCAUUCUGGAAGCUCAAAACCUUGGUCUCAGCGUCAAGAUGUUGACUGGUGAUGCCAUUGCCAUUGCAAAGGAAACCUGCAAGCUCCUCGCUCUCGGAACAAAGGUCUACAACUCGCAUCGUCUCAUCGCUGGCGGUGUUGCUGGCUCCACUCAAUACGACCUCGUUGAGAAGGCCGAUGGUUUCGCUGAAGUUUUCCCCGAGCACAAAUACCAGGUCGUGGAGAUGUUGCAACAGCGUGGCCAUCUUACUGCCAUGACUGGUGACGGUGUCAACGAUGCCCCAUCUCUGAAGAAGUCCGACUGCGGUAUCGCCGUCGAGGGUGCCACCGAAGCCGCUCAAGCUGCCGCCGAUAUCGUUUUCUUGGCUCCUGGUCUCUCUACCAUCGUCGAUGCCAUCAAGGUCGCUCGUCAAAUUUUCCAACGUAUGAAGGCUUACGUGCAAUACCGUAUUGCUCUCUGCUUGCACUUGGAACUUUACCUGACCACAUCGAUGAUCAUCAUCAACGAGACCAUUCGAACUGAUCUGAUUGUCUUUUUGGCCCUCUUCGCCGAUCUUGCCACCAUUGCCGUCGCCUACGACAAUGCUCACUACGAACCUAGACCUGUAGAAUGGCAAUUGCCCAAGAUCUGGGUCAUCUCGGUCUUCCUCGGUAUACUCCUCGCCAUUUCCACCUGGAUCAUGCGUGGAUCCUUCUAUAUGCCCGGAGGUGGUCUUGUACAAAACUUCGGCAACGUCCAACUCAUGCUUUUCCUUCAGGUCUCACUGGUUGAGAAUUGGCUCAUCUUUGUCACCCGUGGUGGACAAACAUGGCCAUCGUGGAAGCUUGUGGGCGCCAUCUUCAUUGUGGAUGUCCUUUCCACUCUUUUCUGUGUCUUUGGCUGGCUCUCUGGAAGCGAAGAUGAAUUCUUCACCAGCCCUCAAGAUUCUUUCUCCCGAGACCACUACAGCACUCAAACCUCGAUUGUCACCGUUGUGGUGAUCUGGUGUUAUUCAAUCGGUGUUAUUAUCGUCGUAGCUAUCGUCUACUACCUCCUAGUCAGCAUGAGCUGGAUUGACAACCUCGGCCGUGCCACCCGCAGCCACGCCGAUACCACCAUGGAGAACAUUCUUGGUCAUCUCAGCCGAGUUGCUCUGGAGCACGAGACCGACGUGCACGGCAAGACGAAGUGGGUCCUGGGAUCCAAGGCUUCCGGCGAGGAAGAAGAUGAAUAGAUUCGUCACGAGUUUGGAGAUCACUCGACUGCACUGGAGGGCUACGUGCGAGCGAAAUAUCUCUCAAUAUUUUCCUAAUUUGAGCUAAUGGACAAAAUUACAUGGGGUGGCCGCUGAAACUGAUUAUCAACAAACGUGUAUGUUUUUCAAGCAGCAGGAACAAAAAACACUGGAAAAUCCACACUAAAAGGGUACCAUGUACUUGAGUGAUUUCGAGAACCGUCGCUGUCUGAAGUGGUCCACCACUGGUUGUACUGGUAGAAGGCUUUCGGGCUCCCAUGAUUUUGUCCAAACGAGCAAGCUUUGCUGCGAUGCUUGAGUUCAAGCCCAUGCAAUUACUACAGUGUUUCCUUCUUUUUCGUCUCCACAGGAAUCAAUGAUACAAUGUAUGUACGAAUGAAGCUUCGACCGAGGUGAUCAAGGUCGUGGACAUGUGCAACGACAAGUGAAAUUGAUUUAGUCAAGCCUGGAUGGGGUAGAUCUUGUUUUGUUUAGACUAAUCCCCAUUUUGAGGGAGUGCAAUUUCGAUUC